UACGUUCCUGGAAAUGCGCGUAAUAGCGAAGCGUGCAUCGGCACUCCCGUUAUCGAUCAGUCGCGUGGUAGCGGUGGUAGCCCGUCGUGUCAUGGAGGAUCUCCUGCUGCAGAUCAUCAGGGAGUCGAACAAUGCGAAGCUACAAAAUCUGCGGAAAUCGGCGCAAGAAGCGUACGAUUUCCUGGAGAAGCAGCAAGGCUUGCUGCGAGAUCCACCUCACGAAUUGCGCGCGAAAUGCUUACAUACGUUUCAGCUAGCAUUAGAAAGCAACAGGAGCAAGUUUGUCGCCUUUGGACUUGCGGGAUUACAUAAAAUGUUGAGAGAUGACCGAUUCCAAUCGCCCUACGAGCCAGAAGACGAUUCCUUAUGGUUGCCCGCACAAAUGUUGCACGCCAUGAGCUCCAUCGUCUCGCAGUCCGAUGACACGCAGACGGAUAUGUUGAAAGUUUUAUUGCAAGUCGCUUGCUCUCCUUAUUGGACCAUGAACGGACGUCUGAUCAUCGCUAUAUUGACUACUUGUUGCGAGGCUUUCGAAAAUGGGAAUCAAGCUGUGCGUACGGCGGCACAAGCGGCGACCAGCCAAACGUUGCGAUCGUUUUGUCUCUUUUUAGACGAGGAGUGCCAGGAGAUGGACGAGAACGCCAAGCGGAACAAAAACGUCCGCGAGCGAGGUGUCUCGUGCUUCAACGAAGCUCUGCCAAUACUGCAAUACAUCUGCAGCAAGCUGGACGAGGCUCAAAACAACGGCAGAAACGGCAACACCGUGGUCUUCCUGCUGGAAUGCCUGCACACGCUCAUAUCGUCACUACCGCAGAAGAUUCACACCAAUGCGCACUUUACGACCUUCCUGUGGCAGAAGUUUUGUCCCGCAUUGAUAGCCUUUCUGGGGACGCCCCGAGUGGAUAAGACCUUUACCUCCCGCGAGGGAAAGGAGAACGAGGUUGGCAGAGGUUCCGGAUACUUGGCCACGUCGUUGAGCUUCGACAGUCAUCAGGCGAAGACUGUUUAUAGUAUCGGCACGGAAUUAGUGAGAUUAGUAGGAUGUGUUGGCCCGUUACGACCGGUCUUGGAGUCGGUGUUCCACAGAAUGCUGUUGUAUCCACCGCCGCAGCAACGGCUGGAACCCUUGAAGGCGUUGAAGGAGCUACUGCGCAGUCCUAGUCGCAUGGUCGAUUUCGCUGGACCACUGCUGGUGGAGGAAGAUCGAUCGAGUCAUAUACAGAGCGAUAUGGCGUUGAUGAGGCUAGCGAUGGACUCGAUCGAGGAAUCGACAGCGGGCGGACUAGCCAUAUUGCACGCGAGUGUCUCCUGCGUGGUCGCCAUGCUGUCGGCCCUUCAAGAACUUUGCGAGGGCAAAGCAAUUAAUCACAAUUACACGUGCACGAUCAAUAGUUUGUACGAGGACUUGGAAUCCUGCGACUAUCGCGGACCUCUGACCUAUCAGAGCAUGGCGCGGCUGCCAAAAACGUAUAGAGAACAAUUGGAGCUGAUGAAGAAGGGUAUGGGAUCGGAUUCCGACUCAUCCGGGCAUGGACCGUCGGAAGAUGGAGAUUCCACGGACACCGAGGGGCCUCAGAAUGAGUCGGACGAUGUUCAGGAGGACACCAGCCUCGACGACACCGAGUGCACGACAGAGAACGAAUGUGAGAGGCUCAGAUUGAAGAAAUUACCAAAGUGUCUUCACGUCGGCCGACAAGUGGCCGACGAGUGCAAUGUAGAUGUGGAGAGGCAUAACGCCAGACGCUUCGUAAAGACGCUUAGAUCUGAUCUCAUACCGAUGGUGCUCACUUUGAGGAGCAACAUAGAGGUGGACGAGGCGCUGCAGAACUUUGCUUCCGAAUACUGUCAAGGAGUUUUCGCAACUCAGCAGAAAAUGCAGGAACAAACUGACGUCAAUACGGAUUCGUGUGCGUUAAUCACGAUCAUGAAUGCCGAUGGAAUUUAUCUCGCGACGUAUGCGGCGUUGCUUCUCAAUCUGAAAUUAAUUCGUAUCAAUUACUAUCAUGAGGAAGGUCGGCAAGUGCCGGUCAGCGAGGAACAAUUUGUGGAAGAAGUCCAUGGAUCGGGCGUGUUGGUUUAUCUCUCGGCCACGUGGCUCUCCGAAUUGUAUCAGCAGGUACUAGCGUGCAAUUUACUCGAGAAAUGUGGCUACAAUCCUAGUUCUACGGAGAACAACGCUUUGGUCAACGUUCUCACGGACGUGGACGGAAUACCCGGCAGCCAUAGAGGCGGGCAAUUGCUUUCCGAUUACAUAAGAUUGGAGCGAGCUCAGCUUUCGCGGAGCGAGCCGACUCCGGAAGCGGAGGCCGGCGCGAAACUUUCCCGGAGAGUGCUGACUUGUUGCUGGGGCAGCAUGAUGACGGUUCUCACGACGGGGCUGAAUCCGCCGAAGGAGGAAACCAAUAAAGGCAUCCUGAACCGAGACGGCGGCAGGAGAGGCGUCAGAGACACAGUCGUCUUAGCGCUUGAAGGCCUUCACAAGGCUGCCACGUUGAGCAACAUACUCGGUUUACAAAUUCGCUGCGGCUCCAUUUUCGCCUUGCUCGCGAAGGCUGCCUGCACGGAGCAAUCGAUUUCGAGAAUGACUCGCAAGAAGGACGUUCUUCGACUUAAACUGCAAAAUAGAGCGACCAAUAUACACACUUCUCACGCGCUCAGCAUGGAUGUGCUUUUGGGAAGAGGCUUGGAACUCGGUAGCCAUGGCAGCGAUUGCUGGCCGCACGUUUUUACAUGCUGCCUGUACGUGAGCAAGCUGGAGCACGACUUCUUUGGAAAGAAUCAAAAUCCGUCACUGCCCAAAGCCCAUCAGAAAAAGGAAAAGAAAGACGCUGUAAACGGCGACGCCAAAAAUCAAGACAGGCUUCGACUGAAUUUCAACAUUGUCGAUGACGAGGAAUCCUGCGUGGACGUUUACAGUUUCCUUUCGAGUCCUUACACGCAGAAUCCCAGCUCGGACACGAUCCCAGAGAUUAUUCAGGAAUCAAACGCCGACAGUCAAUUCAACGGCAUUCUACCGGCGGACUACGCCGCCAAAAUAAUUUGCGUGCUGUCCCAGCAAGUCGACAGACUCUUCGAAGACGCGGCUCUUAAGUUGAAUCUCAGAGCGCUCUGCUCGUUUCUCACGGCGCUCUGCAAAGCCAGCAAGGCGCAAUUGUUUAAGACCACCGAUGGGUGCAAAGACAAUAAGAGAUUUUGGUGGAGGCGAAGUAAACCGAGAGAGAACGAGAUGAAUGUGUUGCUGCUAGCUCGCUUGGGCGAAGUUAUGCUGAAAUGUGUCAAGAGUGGCAGGCCUUUGAUUCAUAUAAUGGGGGUAUGGAGCAUUUUGGGGCCACACUUUAUGGAAGCGGCGUGCCACGAGGAUCGCAGUAUCUCGAAGAAAGCCGUUCAAUGCAUUCACGACUCCAUGGCGGCCUUAUUGAACGAGCAAAUAGAGCUUCCACAUUUUCACUUCAACGAGGCGCUCUUCAAGCCUUUCGAAAAUCUUUUGUGCCUCGAACUCUGCGACAACGACGUUCAGGAUCAAAUUGUCAGCUGUAUCUGCGAGUUCGUCGAGACAAAUCGCACUGAGAUCCGUUCGGGCUGGCGUCCGCUCUUCGGCGCACUCCGAGUGGCGUCGGUCGGCAAUGCCGACUGCGUGGAGUCGGCGCCCUUGUUAGAAGUCUUCAGGGUCUUCCUUUCGACCGACAAUACAUUGGUCUUUGCUAACGCCGCACUGGACUGCAUUCUGUGCCUGCUGAAACACGUGAGGGGCAUCGGCGACAACGAGACUCAGUCCGAGGAGACGGAGAACCUCGACACCGCGGAGUCCAGGAGAAUGCGACUCUGCGUAGAGAGCUUGAAGUAUCUGCUGAGCUGCAGCGACAUCCUGUCGUCGAUGUACCGAAUGCCGGCGUGCCCGAUCUUCCAUUCCGCUCAGCGGAUUCAAGUGUCCACGAUUCCGCAAUACGUCGAUCCGAUCAUUCCGAAUCUCGAGCUGACCAGAUUCGACAAGCACAUCGAGACGAUGCAGGAGGUCAUCCCGGAGAGGUCGUACGACGUGCUGGCGCCGUUGAUCGACAAGGACGCUCACUCCAUCGCCACGCUGCAGAGCAUGGACAAGCCUAGCGGCAUCCUCCGGGUCUGGUACAUCCUCAUCGAGGGUCUGGCGAGCGCGACGAUGAUCUGCCCGCGGCGCUAUCAACCGCACACCCUGGAGACGCUGUUCCACCUCCUGCGCGACAUCCUCAACGUACCCGGGCCGGCCUUCGGACUCUACUGCGUCAAUCAUCUGCUGCUGCCUAUGGUGCAGAAUUGGCUGAGGAAGACUUCCAAGAUCUUCCGCGGCUGGGACAACUUCGCGCCCAACUUUAAGCAAUGCUGCGGCCUCACGACGGAUCUCGUCGUUGAUUAUUUGACACACCUGCAAGGCCCGGAGGUCGUCAGAAACGAUGCCCAUUUGCCGGCCACGACGCUGAUGUUGAAACAGCUGUUACUAGUAAUGGCGGAAUGCGUGGUGCAGCCUACAGAGAGUAUAGCUCGUCUCGGCUGCGCCUGUAUCAGGCAUAUCCUGGUGAGCAGCGGGCCACUGCUCACCCCGGAACAAUGGGAGGUCUGCGGUGUCGCGUGCUACCGCGCCUGUUCGAACUCGCUGCAGGAGCUGCACCAGUUGACCAUGGCUUUCUCGCCCAGAUCGGAAUCCUUUUACGGGGACGUCGCUCAAGUGAAGGUCGCGGCGCGCCGAGACGCGACACCGGAAGAGACGGAACGGCUGCGACAGCUCGCCGCCCAGGUGUUCCUCUUGGAGGAACAGAUAUGCCUCGAGGAUGCCUCGCGGUCGCCCGAUGAAAGGUCGUACGUGUUCCUUUUGUAUCCACCUGCUGUAGGCACCACUCUCAAUCCCGAUCUCUACAUCGUUCGAGUUCAGCUGCGUGCGCUGGUGGUCGGGCUUUUGGUACACCAGAUGCUGCUUCACUGCAUCGCGAGUGUUCUUCUUCAGGGCGCCGGCGCCUCGAUUUCAAGUUUGUCUCACGUGAUCCCGCACUCGACGCCGUGCAGCUCGCCUAAUCCCGACAUCAAACGUGGCUACCUGUCGCACCUGAGUCCGCAUCACGUGGAGAUCUUUCUCUCUGCUUUGGACCUUUCCUAUGUCGCCACAUUGAAGUUCGACUGUCGACCCGGUCUGAAAUUCCUGGUGCAGAAAGUUGCGAAUCUCGAGCAGCCGGCGAAUCUGUACCGUCAAGCGGCCGCUGCUUGGACCAUCAAGAUCAUCACGCUGCUGGAGCUGUCCUUGCGCGAGAUAGAGGAGCUCCACGCGACUCUGGAUUUGGUGAAGAGUAUUCUCGGCACCGGGCUUGACGACAGGGAGUGCGUUUACGACGUGAAGCACCGCAAGCUCACCAAGUAUCUCCGACAGCUUCGUACAACCUUCGACGAGCUCUGCGAGACCUACGUCGAAGUGGUUCUCGAUGAAGAUGGCAGGUAUACAAAAGCGGACAGUUUUGCGGAGAGGAAGAUAUUCCUCUUGGUGGCGCAGCCGGACGAUUUUCCCGAAAUCACAAGAAAGGAGCCUAUCGACCGGUUUGUCACCGGCACUCUAGCGUCCGUCGAAGAAAGUUGUGGCAUUCGGCGGGAUCAGUCGGGCGACGACGAGGACGAUCAGGAUGAUCCGGACGACGUGUACAAUCCGAAUUUAGACGACGAGAGCGGCUUGGAGGAGCUCGGCGCCGAGAGCGAGAACGAUCCGAGGCCGUUCAGGCUGUCGGACUUGGCCGCGGAAUACUCGACUGAUUCCGGUCCGCAGUCCGAGCCGGAAACCGACGACUCGAGGCCGCAGUCGAGACUCGGCUCGGUCACGGAGAAGAUCGUUUACCCCGAUCGCUCCGGCGGAACCUCCAGCGAGGGCUACAUCGACGCCAAGUACGACGCCGUGACCCCGGCGCCUCCCAAGAUGAUGUACAGUCACGACGAUCUGCGCUACAAUCUGAAUUCACUCCGGAAAGCGGAGUCGACUGGCACCUUCUUCGGCAAAUCCAUAGACAUGGAAACGCUGGAUCGUAACGCGUUCUCCGACGAGGCCUUUUUAAACCGGAAAUCAUAUCCGGAAAGAUGCGGCAGCGACGCGUAUUCGUUAUCCAGGCGGAAGUCCUCGACGUCCGUUCUAGCGACGGAUCUUGAAGACGUCCGCGACUCUUCGGUGCUCGAUUCCGCGGAUCUCCGACCGAAGUCGGUGAUGGAGCUCCGCAGGACAACCGGCUGGACGAGAUCCAGCAAUCUUCCGAGCGAGCUGGAAGGAGGUAUUCGAGAAGAGGACAAAAAGAAUUCCAAAUCCUCGGAGAUCCUUGACAAUAUGGACGAGUUGCUGCGCGAUUAUGAACGCAGCAAGCGCGGUUUCAGAAUAAAUCCCUUUUUGCGGGAGGAGGAAGAGGCGUCUGCAGUCGAGAGUCGGUCAGUCGCUGAUCAGGAAGUGGAACUUCAGAGGAGCAACGUUAAUAAGGACAGCGAGGCUCACAGGAAAGCCUGGGCGGAUAUUUUGGGCACUACGCUGGAAUGGGCUUUAGUUCUGCCAGAUGAGCGAUUGGCACCGCUGCUUCCGGUUUUCGUGGGCGGUGUGCGAAUACUGACCAGGCACGCCAUGGAUCAAAGUCUGAAGCAGCGUCUCUCGAUUCUGUUUCAUCGUAUCGCCGUGCUUUAUGGAUUGACAAAUAAUUAAUAGCGAUCGACCUCGGAGCGACACGAGCGAUCGCGGUCUUAUGUAGUUGUAAGGCUCCUUCAAAAGAUGAAAGAAACAAUUUGAUAUGUCCGACAAUUUAUUUUCCAAUUUCUUUAUUAAUUACUGUGAUAGGCGUGCAAAGUCCGAGGAUGAGACGGGAGGAAGAGGGAAAGAUCCAUCGAUCUAUUUUGUCCGCGACUGAUCGAAUUGAGACAUAUAAAUCGCCAAGUUCGAAAAAAAAAAAUACGACGUUCCCGUUUUCGUGCACGAAUCUCUAUUUUUUUUCCCCCUCCACGCACGCCGGCGUGUCGACACGUCGGAGACAAGGAUUUUAUUUACGAUCCACUUCGCACGCACAUCUCUCGAUUCUCAUUUUAUGCUUUUUGCGCUUAACUGUAGUUUGCGGUCCGGUCCGUAGUGCCGGGUGUACCGGAUUUUUCCUUCCAGCGUGAAGCUUGAGAACGCGGGCGUUGUCGCGGGCGGAUGGGAGGUAUCUUGCGGCGAGCGCGAAUCUCGCUGCAAAUCGAGGGUUGUAUCGGCGCGCUUCCCCGUUCACUUGCCAAAACGAUAUCCAGGAGUGAGACGUACCGUCGUUUUUUACGCAGCUUCCUUCGCUAAGAUAGAUCAUCGCGAUUCUUUGUCGUGCAAUUAUUUUUUUCAUAGGAGAGAAGAUAGAGCGAAGGAUCUCGACGAAGUGUUCGGGACUGGGAUUAUUCUUCGCGAUUAGUACACAUGUUUUAUUGUACAUAACGCGACAUCGUUCGCGCGAGUCUAAUUAAAGUAACAGUAAUGUUAUAAUUCUUACGUUACACUCCGUAGUCGAUUGUUUGCCGACUUUAAUUUAUAUUCCUCGUUUUCGUAGCUGACGUAGAGAUGAUAAUUGAACGUUGAUGUAUAUAUUAUCAAAUAUUAUCCCUGAUGUUCCGCUAUAUGUACGGUAUAUUCGAUAAACGUUGUAAAUGUUGUUGGUAAAUCAGAUGGUUUAAAUGGAAGGAUUAUUAACUGAUAAUAAAACGUGCCUAUGUAUCGCCUGUUUUUCCCCUAAAAUGCAUCUACAUGUGUGAAUGAAGAGUGACGAGAAAUCGUUACGGAUCAAUUCAGCUAAAGCGCGUCCACGAGAUAUACAUAUAAUAUAUGGCAACUGAAAUGAGAUGUAUCUGACAAAAUGUACGAACGUUAAUAAAUGAAUUCUAAUA